UCAAAUCGUCAGAGACCUGGAAGUCUCAGGAAUCAUCGAACCUGCAGACUCAGAAUACAACGCAGCCAUUGUCAUGGUCAAGAAGAAAGAUGGCACGUGGCGUCUCUGCGUGGACUAUCGCUGGCUGAAUGAAAUAACAGAGAAGUCUCGCUACGCACCACCAUUGAUCGAUCGAUGCUUCGAAUCCCUCCAGGGCAUGUCGUGGUUUAGCACUCUUGACGCGACAUCGGGCUUCUGGCAAGUCGAGGUCCAUCCAGACGACAGACACAAGACGGCAUUUUCCGUCAAUGGACAGACACAAAAACAAUGGGCUCGUAUGCCGAUGGGCCUAUGCAACAGCGUAGCAACAUUCCAGAGAGUCAUGGACAAAGUGCUGAAGCGAGUGCUGUGGAAGAGUGCAUUCGUGUAUGUCGACGACAUAGUGAUCUUCUCGCGCACCUUCGAGGAUCACUGCAAGCAUGUCCUUGAGGUCUUCCGAUUGCUGCAAAGAGCCAACAUCAAAGUGAAGCCGAGCAAGUGUACCUUCGUUGCGCGGAAGAUAUCCAUUCUUGGCUUCCUUAUCUCCAGGAGGGCCGAAAAAGGUCGAAAAGAUGAUCAACAUGGCCGAACCAACAGACAAAAAGGAGCUGCGAAGCAUACUAGGCGUCUUCCAGUAUUACAAACGCUUCGUGAAGGGCUAUGCUGACCUUGCCAGGGCAAUCACUGACCUGACAAAGAAGGACUAUCCCUUCACGUGGGGAGACACGGAAAGACAAGCCCUCCAAGCACUGAAGGAGAAGAUGAUCAAAGCCCCUAUACUGUUCUUACCUGACUUCAAGAAGCCCUUCCUGCUCAAGACAGACGCAAGUGAUUACGCCAUUGGCGCGAUCCUCUGCCAGAAGGAUAGCGCAGAACAAGAGAAACCCAUACAUUACGCUAGCUCUGUUCUGGGGAGAACCGAGCGCAAUUGGUCAGCCACGGAGCGAGAGGUUUACGCCAUUUACUAUUUUGUGCGCCACUUCCGUCCGUACCUGUUUGGUCAUCGAUUUGAGUUAAUCUCGGAUCAUCAAGCAU